AUGUCUUUCCUUCAUGGAGUUCUUGAGAGUGUGAAAGAUGAUGAUAACGUUACAACUUAUGAUAAAUACAUUGAUAAUAAAGAUCAUCAACUUCAAAAAUUACUUGACUCUCUCCAAUCUUCGAUUGGCCAGGGACGCAGUGUCUUUGGUGAGCGGGUUGAAGAGGUGAACGGAAGAACAUUGAGCGUUAUAAAUGCUUUAGGUGAGUUGAUCACUGAUAAAAUAGAUUCAUAUGCUACUAAUGUUCUUUCAGGUCAUCCAAGCAAGGAGCUUCAACAGCAGUUGAGGGAGUGGACUUCCGUUCUUGGCAGCAUAAAUGAUCACAUUAAAAGCAACAUAAUCACUAAUGUUUCUAAAUUAGAUCCCGCACUUAGCGAUAAGAUAACGCGUGAAAUUGAGCCCGUGCGAAAGGUGGUGGCGCAGUUGAGGGGGGUGGCUACUGAUCCACACUUCACGGGGCACCCAGAGUUCGUGGACACAACCUUGGAGAAACAGAGGAUUAACGUCGAAACGAAAAUAGUAAAUGAGAGUAGAGAACUAAAAAGGAAAUUGAGAACUCAGCUGGAAAAUAUACUGAGCAAAAUUGAUAGCCUCAGAACGAUUAGAACCAACCACUUCGUCUAUCUAAAGAAGGCUGUUAAGGCAGCAAAGGCAGAUGCGGAAAAGCUAGUGGAGAGAUUUAAUGAAGACUAUAAGAUUCAAAUUAUUCAGCGCAUUAUUAGAUUAAAGGAUGGUAUGACAGAAAUUUACAGGGGUGAGUCAGGGAAAUGUCCACUGGAAAACGAUGUGGAGGCGAUUAACACAAAGCUUGGUGAUAUUAAUAGCAAACUGGGAAAAUAUGUCAGUAAGUUGUCAGAUUCAAUGCAUAAAACUGGGGUAGUAGUUGAUUCAGUGAAGACGCUGGUUAAUAAAAUAACCGGCUUUGCCAAUGACCAUCAGGGGAGUUGGAAGGCAAACAUGAAGGAGCUUAGUGAUGACAUUAAGCAAAAAGCGGACGAUCUGAGUAAUGAUUUCAGUAAAGCCAAAAAUCAUGUCAAGCAGUUUGUUGAUGAAGCGCAGUUGAAGGUUAAAGAAUUGGAUGAGAAAGUCAUGAAGGAUUUGGAAGGAUUAAAAGAAAAUAUUCAUAAUAAUGUUCAUUCCUAUUUCCAGACACAGCUUAGCGCUGUGAUUGAGGGUAUUAAGGCGGCAGCUAUAGGGGGCACCAAAGGCGUAGAUAAGCUGCUUAAUGAUAUGAAGAAGUACAGUGCGGUAAAGGGUCUGCUUACAGCGGCAAAAAAAGAUACUUCUUUUGCUAACGCCUUGGAAUACGCACUGAAGUCUCUCAAAACAAAUCUUAAUAAUCAGCUUCCAUCAAAUGGUAAACAGAACAAACUGAUCAACGCUUUAUCUGACGAUAUCAAUGGGAGGGUAGACGGCGCGUUUCCUUCCCAGGGAUAUGUUGGUGACAGCCUGGACCUGUUCCAAAAAAUGAAGGAUUUUUCAGCCGCAAAAAAUAAUAUAGCCAAUGCCAUCUCCGAUGUUAAUAAGCACGGGCUGGAGACAUUUGAUGGCAAUCUUGGUACCUCAUAUGUAUCACCCCUUAAAACGCUAUCCACCAAUAUAACCAAGAAUGUUGACGACCUCUCGAAAACCGUUUGGCAGACCACCCAGCACAUUAAUGCAUAUCUUAAAGAUCUGAAAGAUGUAAAAAUUGGUGAGCGUAUUGCAGCAAUUAGGCAGAACAUUGACAUCCUGCAAAGCGCUACCUUGUCCAGCGUCAUCGGAGAUGACAUCACCACUGUGCUUGCCAAAAUCGAAAAGUUGGAGGAUCUUCCUGAAGCCGUGGAAGAUGCGAAGUCAAUGGCGUUGCAGAAGAUGGAUCAUUUGGAUGACGCUAUAAAACAGAUUAAAAAUAAUAUUGAGAUUGUUGACACCCUUGUUACCGAUGCUGAUGCCGCCCUUGUACGAGCUAUCGAUGACACUCAGCAAGCGUUGAUUGAAGUCAAUGAAACUGCCAGACAAGCUGUUUCACAACUACAGGAGAAUAUCAUCAAUAAGGUGUCCGAGGCCUUCACAUUUGUGAGAUCCGCCGUCCGCUCCCUCUUCUCCACCUCCCACGCCGCCGACCUCCAGGCCCUGCGCGCGCUCGUCGACCAGCAACUGCGGGAAGUGCAAAAAAUUGUCGACGCGGACGCAGUCACGGGCGUGAAGGGGAUGCUGAAUAAAAUGAAUGAAUUAUUCAAAGGUAAAUAUCUGAAUCCUGACGAACUUAAAAAACCUGUGGAACCAAGAAUGUUUAAUACAGUCUCGUUGGAAUUUAAGGAGAUUGCAGAUUGUCUUUUACAGUACGUUGAAAGUCAGGUGAAGACUCCGAAUGAAGAUCCUAAACAGGCUGCGACGCCGAACACAGAAUCAAAUAAGGUCAACGAUAUUCAAGGUAAACUAGACAAAUUACUUGACUAUCUCAAACGUAUCACAUUUGAUGAAUUAAAGCGUCCGUAUAACUUCGAUCACAACUCCGAUGAACUCCUCGAAAACCUUAAAACAUCCGUUACCAACUUAACAUCCUCCAACUUCCACGGCUUCCACAACCCGCUGCUCCUCGACGCCCUCAAGUCCGGCAUGGACAAAUUCACCGCUGAACUCUCCCGCGCGUACGUGAACAGAUACAGUGGGUGUAAGCCUGUAACAGAGUGGGAGAGAGAUGAGAAGGAUCCUCAAACCCAAGAACUUAAGAAAGUCCUUUCCACCGAGGGCCGCAACUGCGCCAAGGUCUGCCUGACCAUACUGGAGACGAUGAAUCAUGAUUUAGAUAUAUUGAAAAAGUACUGUGUCGACAAAUGGUAUUCAAAGCAAAUAUAUGCAGCUAGUAGUCUCGGUUCAUUUUUGCACAAAUGCGGUUAUGGCGUUGCUAGUCUUGACUCUAGGCAGGACAAUGAAUUAGAUAAAAACGUGAGCGGCGGGAAGAUUACAACUCUUCUCAUCCGCGAUCACAAUCAUGUUUACAACAAACAAGAGGACACUAAAAAUGCUCUUCAGAUUAUUUUCAAGGACCACCUUCGCAAUUAUUAUGAGGUGUGUCACAUUGCUACCUCAUUCGCCAAGAAGACACCGUGCAACGUCUAUGAGAUGCUCUGCUGGCUGACUGCUCUACCGCAUCAUCCAGUGUACAUUGAUUUGCUGUCAGAUGGCUUCGAUGACCUGUUUGAUAAAGUGGAGAAGACAGACGCCGCCGAAAGUGAUGCAGACGGUCCAUCAUUCACAAGCCUCGAAGACUUGUCGUUGAAGGCGUAUCCACGCAACAUCACGCAUAGUGAUCUACAUGAUGCCAUCACACAUAUUACGUACAUGGCUCCGACUCUGCUGACAACCGUUCUUGGUACUGGCGACGCAGAAACCACAUACGCUGUUGAGUUCCAUAGCAACAUCCUUAAUCUCACUUACCCUUCUCGCGCAGUUGAUUGUCUACAUACGUUCCUCGACAUCCUUCGUAGAUUACUGCCUGUGCUAAAAUUUGUAUACGGCCAGUGCGGAGUUGCAGCUAAAGAAUAUGGCUGGGCCAACUGCCUAUAUGGCAAAGAUAUCUCCACUACCAAAUCACAGUGUACUAACCACUCAAAGUGCAAAGCAAAUGACCAACCAAGCAGUCAACCAACGUGCCAGGCAAACACUAAACCAAUCUGCCAACCAACGUCUCCACUAAUGAGUUACCUAACCGACUCGUUACCGGGCCACUUGCCUCACCAGGUAACAUCUGUUGGUUGUACAUCAAAAUGCUCUACGUGUCCUGGUAGUAAACCAGGAAUGCCCUGCUUGACGCCGCUUGGUUUCAGAGGCUUUUCGGGUUCUACUAAGAGUGGUAGGGACCUAUGUGACAUACUAAACAAAUUCCUUGAUUAUACGGAACUUAGAUCUCCACUGUGUAUGGUACCCAUACCGCCGAAAACAUUACCCGAACACUUUGAUUUUGCUUUAUCGCUCGUUAAGGGUUGGCAUCAUUCCAAAAUGUCAACAACAAGCAGUAUUAAGCAGCACGUUGUAUCAUCAAUCAAACGUCUGUCCAUUGAUCUAUAUAACGAACCAUCAAAACUCACAGACGCACUUCGUGAUGCGUACCGUAGUAGACAUUACCAAUAUGAUGAUAAGAGUCAUCGUCCUCUAUAUGCUGACGUGUCUAGUCUAGCGAUGACACCAGCGUGUAAUGAUCCUGUCGGAAAACCGUUGUGCGCUCCGUACCUCUCAUCCAUCUGCUCUGACACUUAUUACUAUCUUGCCCAGAAACAUUCCAACCUAUAUCUGAACUGGGCCAUUUACUUACCAUGGACAUUCUGGAACUUACUCAACAAUUUGUACAAUGCUUUCUGUGGAAUCACUUGUGCAGACUGGGGAUGCCGUGGAUGUCUCAGAGGAGACAAGUGCAGGAGUGGCAAGCAUGGUGUCGUCGAGGAUGAGAAGCAAGAUGCCAUUUGUCAGUGUCAUUCCGUUGUCGAGUGUAAAGGAGUAUCAUCAACAUUCUACCAGUAUGGAUUCAGCUUCGGCGAGGCGUCGACGUUGAAUGGUGAGACGCCGAAGAAGUGUUCCGAUUUCUGUAGUCAAUUGAGGAAUGUGCUGCACUCGGAAUAUUUCCAGAAGCUAUUCGAGGAAUGUGACAAUUUCCUGAAAGCAAUAAGAUGGCCAUUUAUGCUAACGUUGUUAGCCCUCUGGUCGCUGUCGCUCCUGUACCUGCUGCACAUCGCCGUCGUCCGCCUCGACGUCCUGAGGAUACGCUCCCACCUGCGAUCACCCGCAAGCCACCGCAUCGCCGCGCAGUCCCUCCUCGCCGUUGCAAAGGUUGGGAAAAUAGCCAACGUCAAGUACUUCUCACCAUAA